GGAAACAGCGGAUUACAGGGAGAACGUGGCGCGACAGGUCCACGGGGUUUUAGAGGAACUCGUGGUAGAAGAGGUGCAGAAGGAUUACCAGGACCAAAGAGCGACACUGGUCAGCCAGGAUCCGUUGGAUCACCAGGCGAGGUCGGGCCUCCCGGUGUUGAAGGUUUACGUGGAUUCUCGGGACCAUCGGGUCCUUCAGGUCUCAAUGGAAAAGACGGUAUAUCAGGUCCACCCGGUGAGCGUGGUCCAAUUGGCGAAACAGGGCCUCCAGGACCUCUGGGAAUUCCUGGUGUUAUCGGUCCUCCAGGGCCACCUGGAGAACCUGGUCAACCAGGCGAACUUGGAGCACCUGGCAAUCUGGGAGCUCCGGGUGAGAUUGGUUUACCAGGUGAACAAGGAAAAGAAGGAUCGCCGGGUCCGAUCGGUUUAAUGGGACUUAAAGGAUUGCCGGGUCCUAGUGGAUUACCAGGAUUUCUUGGUGAAAGAGGUCUGAGCGGUCUGCCGGGAUUGCCUGGCUUGAAAGGUGAGAUGGGACCUAUCGGAGUUUUUGGACCACCCGGCGACAAAGGUGCGCAAGGUGAACCCGGCAAAGACGGACCACCAGGCCCAGAAGGAAAGCAAGGGCACAAAGGAGACAAGGGUUUUACCGGACUCAAAGGCGAAAAA